AUGGAAACGUCACUGGAGAGCAGAAUCCCCAUCGUUGAAAGCCCUGGCGAGUGUGGGUUGUCUCUUUCCAAAGCUGUGGAGCAAUCUGCAUCAGCCAAUGAACAACUUCCAGCCCAAACAUCCCAACCCGCGUUGUCUCCUCCUCGCCGCCCUACCACGCGAUCUCAGACGGGUCGUGUGCCUAAGCGUCGACCCCGCGAUGAUUCUCCAAUAGAGAUCAAAAGGAUACCUGCACCUCGGAAGAAACAGAAAACUAUCCCAAAGCCUUCUCCUGAGUCAGAGUCCGACAAGGAGGAGGUGCGCUCAACCCCAUCAUCGUCAAGGCGCGGAGCAUUUGAUGAUUCCGAUGAACACGCUAAGGGCGCCGACACCCCUGACAGCGUCAGAGUGACAUCCGAAAACGAACCGUCCCCACGUUCCGCCCGACCACGAGCUGUCCUUCCUACUCCUGUGCCAUUCUUGACAAAGAAAAGUCGUGGUCGACGAGUACCCACCAAGGCGGCUGGCGGGACUGAUACGGAGCAAAAUGCGAGGGUUUACAUUUGUAAAGUGGAAGGAUGUGGUAAAUGUUUUCAUCGAGGGGAGCACCUUAAGCGCCAUAUCCGGUCCAUUCAUACCCACGAAAAACCUUUCAAAUGCACAUUUCCAUUAUGUGAAAAAUAUUUUAACCGGCACGACAACCUCCUCCAGCACCUCAAGGUCCACAAAGCCCCAGACUCACUUCCUGUCGUGCAGCUGGAUGCAAAACCCAAGCGUCGUUAUUCACCUCCUUCCCUUUCGCCUCCGAUCACACAGCCCCAUCAACCGUACUCCCCUGGAACGGAGCCACCCGAUUCACCUGUUAUGACUUACCCACGAACAAUCUACAGUCACCGCUGGUCAAAUUCGUACUCGCGCUCGCCGCCGCCAGUUUCCUACAGAAGUACCUAUCCGUCUAGUAUGUCAUACGGCCCCUCUGAGCCUAUCAGGUUCGCUACGAAUAUGGCUGUCUCGUCUUUGCGCACCGAGAUCCCGCAGUCUCCUACGGAAUCCUCUGGUGACUAUCAACGCUCCGACGCAUUUUGAUCCUAUCGAUUAUCCAUUCACUUAUUCUGUCAGCUAUCCCGCGCCCCUUCCUGUUGUUGUAGUUACAUACCACUUGCCUAUCAUCUUCUAGCCGCUCUAUACUAUUUUUACGUAUGUGCACUCCAUGAUCACUGCCUUUAUUACUACCACUUGUAACGUUGCAUACUCUAGCAAC